UGGCGGCGGCGGCGGGGCCGGAGCGGGGCCCGGGAGCGAUCGCGCGGGAGCGAGUGGGGAAGGAGCGGGCUCUGUGUGGGGACGCAGCGGUGACACAGCGGUGACUGAAGAGUGACCCAAGAGCCGCAGCUAUGUCCAUUAUGUCCUAUAACGGCGGGGCCGUCAUGGCCAUGAAGGGCAAGGACUGCGUGGCCAUCGCCGCCGACCGGCGCUUCGGGAUUCAGGCGCAGACGGUGACCACGGACUUCCAGAAGAUUUUCCCGAUGGGAGAAAGGCUCUACAUUGGCUUGGCCGGGCUGGCCACGGACGUGCAGACAGUUGCCCAGAGACUGAAGUUCAGGCUGAAUCUCUAUGAGCUGAAGGAAGGGAGGCAGAUCAAACCCCAGACUUUCAUGAGCAUGGUGUCCAACCUGCUCUACGAGAGGAGGUUUGGCCCCUACUACACAGAGCCGGUGAUUGCAGGGCUGGACCCACGUACUCACGAGCCCUUCAUCUGCUCCCUGGACCUCAUUGGCUGCCCCAUGGUCACAGAUGACUUCGUGGUCAGUGGAACCUGCUCCGAGCAGAUGUAUGGGAUGUGUGAGUCCCUCUGGGAGCCAGACAUGGAGCCCGAGCACCUCUUUGAGACAAUCUCGCAGGCCAUGCUCAACGCUGUGGACAGAGAUGCCAUUUCUGGGAUGGGUGUGGUGGUGCACGUCAUAGAGAAGGACAAGAUCACUACGAGGACCCUGAAGGCUCGCAUGGAUUAGCCCAGCGCAGUUUCGCUGGCACUCGGGACGUUUUAAAAUAAAAACUCUCCACUGAACAUUC